UUUCGCGCACACACAGUUUUGGUCUUAUUCCAAUCAAGUUCAUGACAUGGCCACAACUUUUGAUUUUGUGUUCAACUUUUAUGACAAUAACUGUGUCUUUACAUUGGUUGAAAGAUAAACAUCAGAUAAACAUUACCCAUUACAUAAACGAAGCUCAUUUUUAAGAGUGAUUAAUUUCCAAUUGAAUUACAUAUUAUAAUAAGCGGAGAGGAGAAAUGGCUAAAACAAAGAACAAUAUUAGAGUUAAAAAUAUGGAAAGAGGUUCGCAGAAGGGCAACAGAGUUAGGAAAGGCAAGGCGUUGAAGAUAAAUGGAUCAAAAUUAAGUCAGAAAAGCAGCAAAAUUAACGAAAAGAGCGAAGUCAAAGUCCAAGAAUGGAUGAAUGACUGUCCGAGCAUCCGAAUCUCGAAAGGGAAAAAGAAAAAGGCACCCACGGCUUCCCUCAGGGAGAGAAUGGAAGGACGUCUGCAAGGUGCUCAAUUUCGGCUUUUAAAUGAGCAGCUCUACACUGCAGAAGGAACCCGGUCGCAAAAGUUGUUCAAGAAAAACCCCGAGGCUUUUGAAGCGUAUCACUCAGGAUUCCAACAUCAGGUGCAGCAAUGGGAAUUCAACCCACUGGACAAAAUCAUUGCCAAUAUUAAGAAGAAGAACUGCAAUUUGGUUGUAGCCGACUUUGGAUGUGGCGAAGCUCGUCUUGCUCAAAGUGUUGCCAACAAAGUUCACUCGUUUGACCUGGUUGCUCUGAAUGAGCAUGUCACAGCAUGUGACAUGGCCCACACACCCUUGCCAGACGCCUCUGUCGACAUCGCUGUUUUCUGUCUCUCGCUCAUGGGAACCAAUCUCGCAGACUUUAUACUCGAGGCCAACAGAGUGCUCAAAGAAGGAGGAGCUUUGAAAAUCGCAGAGGUGGAAAGCAGAUUCGACGGAGAGAACGGAGCAAAGACAUUCAUUCACGAAAUGAGCAAGUUCGGUUUCAAAUUGACUUCGAAAAACCUGGAAAAGACCUUCUUCUACUUCAUGGACUUCAAAAAGGUUGAUGCAAUUUCGAAGAGAAAAGGACUUCCAUUGCUCACUUUAAAACCUUGCAUGUAUAAAAAGAGAUAAUAAAAAGAUUUGAUUCAGAAAUAUACUCCUGCU